UAAAAAAUUUCUUUUGGAAAAACUUAAAAUUUUUGGCAAUGAGCAGCAAAAAGCUUAAAUUUUAAGUUUAAAAAUGAAUCGCUUACGAUUGUUGCUCGCUUGCCUCCGUCUCGCAAAAUUGACUUUCAUCAUAAUUGGCAUGGUUUUAUUUCCGUUGAUUUGGGGUAUCUACAGUUUUGCUAUGGUUUUGGAAUUUCAUUCGGUCUAUAACAACAACGCAUAUUCCUUCGACCAGAGGAAACGUAUUUAUAUGAAGUAUCUUUUGGCCAUAGCUAUUGGAUACCUUGCAUUCCUUACAUGGAAGUAUCGAAUGAAUAAAUUCUAUUUACUACGCGGACAAUUUUGGGAAUCAUGCGAGAAUUUAAUGGAUGAAGUUUAUGGAUACAACAAACGUCGUUGGAAUACUGCAGGCGCGGUCCGACGUAAUAGAGCUUCACGGCGUGAUCCUCAAAACCCUGCAGAUUAUAGUGCUAGAGUUCAGCAGACUCAAAAAAGGAAACAGAAAAAGCAUUCAAUUAAACGUAGCCAGAGACUCAGUGGUCAAAAAUUCUCAUCCGUUAAGAAGAGAACUAAACACUAAAGCAAGUUCGGUGGCAAGCUCAUUUUACUUCAAAAUUCGGAAAUUCGAUUACCUCUUCGAAACUGUGAGAAUAUUUGGAAUGAAUACAUUUUGAUGAUAACAUUUCUGAAGUCCUAAAUUCUAGUAAUUUAUUUUGUGGUUUAUCUAAAUUUUACUGUUAUACACUUCAAUCUCUUUAGUUUUGACAUAACUUCAAUCACUGCCAAUAAAUUAAAUAGUUCAAAUUCCAUAA